AUGUCUAAAUCAUUUUCAGCAGCCGACGUUGCGUCGCAUAACAAGCCAGAUAAUCUUUACAUCAUCGUAGAUGAGGAUGUUUACGAUCUGACUACCUUUCAGGAUGAGCAUCCAGGUGGAAAGAAGAUCCUCACUCGGGUCGCCGGAAAGGACGCCAGCAAGCAAUUCUGGAAAUACCACAACGACGGCAUCCUCAAGAAAUACAAGGCGAAGCUCCAAGUUGGAUCGCUGGACACAAAGAAAUCUGCAGCACCACCAACGCCACCUGCGACUCCUCCACCAGCAGAGAAGAAAGAGGCUGUAAAGCCACAGGCGGAGAGUGGUACCGUUGUGCCAAUGCCUUCGAAAUCAGCAAAGGAGGUGGUUGAUCACACACAGGAGGAGGCUCUAGAUCCAUACGGAGAUUUGAUUCCAUUCGCGGAUCCAAGUUGGUAUCAAGGUUUUCACUCACCAUACUUCAACGAAAGCCAUGCCGCCCUCCGAGAAGAAGUUCGCGAUUGGGUAUCAGAGAAGAUCGAACCUUUCGUAGGCGAAUGGGAAGAAGCACGAAAAGUCCCAGACGAAAUCUACAAGGAAAUGGGCACACGCGGAUACCUCGCUGGAUUAAUGGGCAUGCACUACCCAACCGAAUAUACAGACAACAGAAUCAAGAGCGUGGCACCAGAGAAAUGGGAUCUAUUCCACGAAAUGCUGGUUACCGAUGAAUUAUCUCGUGCUGGAAGUGGUGGGUUCGUAUGGAACGUCAUUGGAGGGUUCGGUAUCGGAUGUCCUCCACUGGUCAAGUUCGGAAAGAAGGAAGUCGUCAAGAGAGUUCUACCAGAGAUCUUGAAUGGUGAUAAACGAAUUUGUCUAGCAAUCACCGAACCAGAUGCUGGUUCCGAUGUUGCAAACUUAUCCUGCGAGGCCAAAUUGACUCCAGAUGGAAAACACUACAUCGUCAACGGUGAGAAGAAAUGGAUCACAAACGGUGUCUGGUGCGACUACUUCUCUACCGCCGUCCGAACCGGAACUCCAGAAAGCGGUGCAGCAGGUGUAAGUAUGCUCCUGAUCGAACGCAGCAUGGGCGGUGUUUCCACCCGCAAAAUGGACUGUCAAGGUGUCUGGUCAAGUGGAACAACCUACAUCACAUUCGAAGACGUAAAAGUGCCGGUCGAAAACUUGAUCGGGAAAGAGAACCAAGGAUUCAAAGUCAUCAUGACAAACUUCAACCACGAACGCAUCGGCAUCAUCAUCCAAUGCCUCCGCUUCUCCCGCGUCUGCUACGAAGAAUCCAUCAAAUACGCGCACAAACGCCGCACCUUCGGCAAGAAACUCAUCGAACACCCCGUCAUCCGCCUCAAACUCGCACACAUGGCGCGUCAAAUCGAAGCCUCAUACGCGUGGCUCGAGUCCCUCAUCCACCAGAUCUCCCACAUGCCGGAGCAGCUCGCGAUGUUGCGACUCGGUGGCCCGAUCGCCGGUCUCAAGGCGCAGGCCACCGUGACGUUUGAGUUUUGCGCGAGGGAGGCGAGUCAGAUUUUUGGGGGACUGAGUUAUUCGAGGGGUGGACAGGGGGGGAAGGUUGAGCGCUUGUAUAGGGAUGUUAGGGCUUAUGCUAUUCCCGGGGGGAGCGAGGAGAUUAUGUUGGAUUUGAGUAUAAGGCAGAGUUUGAGGGUGGGGAAGGUUAUGGGUAUGAAGUUGUAG